GUCUAUGAGUAGGACUUGCUAACUGGACGUGGGAUCAGCUGAAAUCCUCCGCACUUGUUCGACUCUGCCUCCGCCCUGCGCUUCGACAACAGAUGACAACAAAAGACCUGAAAAGCUUAACACAUUUAAGCGUCAAGCAACGCCAUUAGAUUUACACUAUUACAAAGGAAAAUGUUUCGAAUGCGAGAACCGUUUGAAAGCGACAAGCUCCAACUGCAGGAGCUCAACCAAAGACUCAGCCAGUACCUAAUGCGCACAAAACAGUUAGAAGAAGAAAAUACCAGCUUGAUAAGUGAAAUAAAUUCAGUCAGAAAAAACAGGUCUGGAGAAUGGGAAAACAAACACAUGUCCGAGCUACGGGAAAUGAGGAGACUGGUGGAGCGGUUAAAUUUCGAGAAAUGCAGAGCAGAGAUGGAGCGCCAGAAGCUGCGCGAGGAACUUCAGAUGAUUCAAGCGAUGCGUUCAGAGGAGGCUUCGGCGAGCAAAGGCAUCGACACGGAGCUGAAUGCCUGCAACAGGCAGCUCCAUGAUGCUCUUAAGACCAACAGUGCGUUAGAAGAUCGCCUCGUUGAGCUCGAAAACGAAUAUAAGUUUUUGGAAGAUGGCCACAGAACGGAAAUCGCCCACCUGAGGGACCAGGUGCGCUCCCGAACAGUGCGCGUUGUGACUCAAACGUGUCACGCACCUCCAGCUGUAUCGAUGGAAGAGGUGCAGGAGUAUGCGGCCAACUUCACUGAAAGCUGGCAGGGUACUUUGGACAUGUACCGCUUGAGGGUCGAGGAAAUCGAAGAGUCUAUCAAAGCAGACCAAGCGAGGCUGGAGGACAUUCAGAGGGAAAAGAGGGACAGUGCUGCACAGUUCAAAAGGCUGCGUGACGAAAUUGAGAAACAAACACAAGUACAGUUGAACCUUGAGGAGCAGCUCAUAAACAUGCAAGACAGUUUCGGAGAUGAAAUCUGCCGGUAUCAGGCUAUCAUUGAAGAACUGGAGUAUGAGCGCAGAAUGCUGUCUAACACCAUCUCAGAGAAGCUGAAGGACCAUCAGGAUCUUUUACAGGUCAAGAUGGGCCUUGCUCUGGAAGUAGCUGCAUACAGGGCACUCUUGGAAGAAGAAGGCAGACAUGCUCAAACAUGGUCUAAUCAGCAUUCAAGAGAAAGAUUAAUAGAUAAAAAAAGGUUGACCCAUCCUUACACUCCAAGAGUGUCUGUCAAUUCAGUAAGUCGAUCAGAUACAAGACAAAAAGCCUUCUCGGGAUAUGAUGUUAAAUAUAUGGAACCUAUUUCCAGCCUCAGAACCUCAUCUACAAGUCAGUUUCACUCUCGCGAACCCUCCGGGAUUGUGCCUAUCAGUGUAUCAAAUCGUGCAAACCAAAGUCCUGCUUCAAGAAGGGACAUGAUUUCCUUCACCAAAGCAGCACAGGUAUCUGCUUCAAGUACCCCAAAACCAGGAGUCUCUGCUGUUGAGAUAAAAAGAGAGGAGACCGAUCAGAGAAUUGUGAGAAAAGAGGUAUCACAGCAGUCUUCAAAGGUCUCAAUUGAUCAUCCCCCCUCUAAAAUCGAAAGUACAACAAGCUCUACAGCAUCAAAAAUAGAGAAACCAAAGCCAGUGAAAGUGAUAUCACCUCCUGUGAACUUGAGUAGGACCAUCACUGAAGAAAGCAGUCAGAAAGAUGAUGAACUAAAAUCAAUGGAUGUCAAACAAGAUGAAGAAAAAUCCAGCAGCAAUGAAAAAAAGGCAGCUAUGAAAGAAGAAGGAAGGGGUGUGAAAGAAUCAAUAGCUGAAGAUGAGAGAGAGUCUGAAAAUGUAGGGCAUAAAGUGUUUGUAGGUGAGGAAAAAGUAUUAGAUGCAGUUUCUAUGGAGGAAAUCAUUCAGCAGGUCAUGAAACCAGCUGGUUUAGAUUCUAAGGUCAGCUCAUCCUCUGACUCAAAAGUCACAUAUCAUGUGGAGAAAACAGAGCAAGAGGAUGGAACCACCAAGACUCAGAUUGUCUUACAAUCUAAAGUCGAGGAGGAGCUGGACCUGUCUGAAGAUUCUGCCUUGGAGGAACUUCUCAGCAAGGGAGUCAAGAAAGUGACCCUGGAGAACAUUAAAGGAACCCCAACUGGAGCCAUGAUCGAGAACUUGCUGAGAGUUGGCCUGCAAGGUGAGAGUUUGGAAAAUAGGUUGGUGAAUGUGGAGAUAAUCCAAGAACCUGUGGAGUCUGACGAGGAGGGUGAAACUGAAAUAGAGGAGACUUUGGAGAUUAAGUCUGAACAACCAAAUAUUGAUCCCUCAUCAAUGUUCUUCCAAAUCGAGGAGCUAGAGAGUGACUCCAAGACCAUGAAACCCUGUGAGAGUGGUUCUGCUGAAGCCUCACAAUAUGGAAACAGUGGCUCUGUGCAGGUUCAGGAAGUUUCCAGAGAUGAAAGCUUACCCUACUUCUCACAUGGCCAAGACUCACAAGAGUAUUUCGUCUUCACUCCCGAAGACAAUAUUUCAGAGUCUGAGGAGGGUGGAACGUUUAUGUCUUAUAGCCAUUAUGGAGUUGUGGAUGAUCUGUCUGAUGAACGAUAUUACCUUGAAGACGACCUCAAACAGCCCACUGCUGAAGGUCACGGUUACAGAGAUUCACCUGAAUACGAACACUCUCUUUUGAGAGACAAUAUCCAAGACUGCAUAAUCGAAGAGGAGGUACAUGUCUCUCCUACCCUGCAACAGUCCAUAGUGGAGAUCCUGAGGGAGGGCUCACUAGACCCUGAACAGCAGCUUAAAGGAGCAUUAGAGCAAAUCCAAGACAAUGUAUCUGGAGCCCUCAAGGAAGAGCUCGGAUUUUUUACGAAAGGUAGAGAAACUCCAGAAAAUGUCUCUGUGGACGUUAAAAAAGUAGAACAAGUUGCAGACAAUGGAACCAUGACCAUUGUGGCAGAGCUUAACGUGACCCAGACACUGGAGGAAUCUGGAUUGCUGGAAGGAGGAGGAGAUGAUCUAUCUGAGGAGCAGAUAGUGGCAGCACUAAGCUCAUCCCACCCAAAGCUCCAGCAGGCUAUCGGCGGAGGAGCUGCAGUAGGAUACACCAUGAAAAUUUCUCAAGAGGAGAUUCAAAUGGAGGGAAUGUCUUGGAUAACCGGCGACGAAGCGAUCCAAGAAUGGAGCUCAACCGAUGAAGCUGGCAAGACAGAAAAACACAUCAAGCUGGGCCCUAGUGAGAAAUCCUUCACUUUUCAGAUGGAUGUAAACAACGGAUCUUCUGCAUCAGCAAGUGGAGGAACCGUCGAUGUACAAAGAGGUGGCGGUGCUACCGAGUUCCCACAGACACAGAUGAUUGACCCCCACUUGAAGGUCUGUCAUGAGAAAAGAAUCGCAACUGUUUAUCUUGAAAGCCCCAAAGAGUGAUAUCAUAAUGAAAUAACAGUGAAAUUACACAUUAUAUCUCAAAAUAGCAUGUCAAUCACAUCAGGUGUUGUAAAACAUAAUCCAAAAUCCAUGGUCCAUCAUGACUAUACACUACUGUUCAAAAGUUUGGAGUCAGUAAAAAAAAA